UCUGUGAAUUAACCGCCAACAUGCCUCAAAUCACUACCCUCCUCUUCGACUGCGACAACACCCUCGUCCUCUCCGAGGAACUCGCCUUCGAGGCCUGCGCCGACCUCAUCAACGAGAUCUGCGCCUCCCGCAACAUCGAGCAGCGCUUCACGGGCGAAUCCCUCAUCAAGGAGUUCGUCGGCCAAAACUUCCGCGGCAUGCUCCUCGGCCUCGCCAAAUCCCACGGCUUCGAGCUCCAGCCCGACGAGCUCGAGUCCUACGUCACCCGCGAAGAGGACGCCGUCAUCGCCAAGCUGAAAGCCGCCCUCAAACCCUGCGCGGGCGUCGACGACCAGCUCGAGCGCUUGCAAAAGGACGGGAAGCAUACUCUGUCCGUCGUCUCCUCGUCCGCUAAGCGCCGCGUCUGGGCGUCCGUCGUGAAGGUCGGGCAGGAUAAGUAUUUUGCCGAGGAUGUCGUCUUCAGCGCUGCCACGUCGCUGCCGACGCCUACUAGCAAGCCUGACCCCGCGAUUUACCUGCACGCCAUGAAGACGCUAGGCAAGAAGCCCGAGGAGUGCGUUGCCAUCGAGGACUCCAAGAGCGGGACGCUCAGCGGUACGCGCGCGGGUAUCAAGGUUAUCGGGUAUGUUGGGCCGUAUGCCGCUGAUAAGCAGGCCGAGAUGGAAAAGGUGCUGCGCGAUGCUGGGGCUGUGGUCGUCAUGAAGGACUGGAGCGAGUUCCCUGGCAUGUUGGCCAAGAUUGAGAGCGGGAGCGCCUGACUAGCCGGGGUUUCUAUCCCGUCGCCUUCUCUGUGAGGUUGAGCUGCGGCGAUGUAGAGGGAUCAUGAUGCUUUGAUCUCUUUAUCCCAACCCCCUUUUUCCUUUCCUCCCAUCUUUAUAGUGUUCAUAUCGUUAGUCAGGACCGGUACCGUCCCAGUUCUCGCGCGCUUUAUCAAGCCGCCCAGGGGAGAGGAGGAAUCCAAGUAGACUCAAAGACUAGUAAAAGAGAUCUAUCAUCUUCGAUGGUCCAUGAGAAAGCUGUUGACGCUCUGCAACGUAGCCCGAUUCGCAUUGGCCUCCGGAAAGGCCGUCAUGAUGGUCCCCAGCUUCACCCGGAUCAUGUCCUUGUUGAAAAACGUCGUCGAGUCCGCCACGCGAAAGUUGCCGUCCCGGUCGAAACACCAGCAGUAGAUGGCCAGCGCGGCGCCAAUGGAUAGAUCCUUACCCGUCUCGCAGGCCGCGAGGACGCUGCCGCUGCUGCUGCUGCU